GCCAUUCUCGAAUUCCUGGGCUCACAUGAUCCUCUUGCCUUGGCCUCCCAAAGUGCUGGACUUACAGGCGUGAGCCGACAUGCCUGGCCCGAUAGGUCAAUUUUCAGUGGUGGCCAGUUUCUUUGUUUUCUCCUCUGUCCUAGGUACUUGUCACUAGGAAAGUGCUUAAUGAAUCUAUCAGGUGUGGCAUUUAUUAUUGUUGCAACAGGGAAUUGAUGAGAGAAAAGAAGGUUAUCUAGGGGAUGAGUUAGCCGAGAAGUGGAAGAAGACAGCUGUUGUUAGGUUGCUGUCAAAAUAGCUUGCUUUACUCUCUGGCAUGUAUCACUCCAGGGAAUGAAAUAAUCCAAGAAUGAUAAGCUCUCAAUUGCCAUCUGUUGGUUUGUGAUGCUGCUUGCCUUGUUCUAGUUAACAUUGAACGCUGACCUCCCAUGGCACUUGGAGAAACUUAGAGGAGGCUAAGAUGAUCACAGGGUGUAAAGCAAACUGACUGAAUGCUUGCAGAGAGAUGGGCUAAAGGCCAAUGAUAUCAGUUUAUCAGGAUUUGUCUGCUUUAUACUCUCUUCCCCUUCCCUCUUUACCCCAGGGAGCUGGCAGAAUGGUGAUUCCUCUGUAAUAUGACGUAUUUAGAUUCUUUUAGCAGUUUAAAGAAGUUAAUUUAAUGGGGGUGAAGGGGGCUAAGUUUUUAGGGUUGAGGUCAGGUAAUAUCCUUUGUAAGAAAGAUUAUGGGUAUGUGAAGCUCAUGAAUGGACAUGUCAUUAUCUUUCAAAUUACAUGCUAAAGAUCAGGCUUAUAUCAUAUGUAUUUUACUAUGCCUUUUGGUCCAUAUCCCAGGCAAACCACUCUAUGCCAGCUGUGCUAGCUGCCAGUGGCCAUGAACUGUGCCAGAGACCCUGCUUCCCUGGCUUAGGUUGAUUGGACUAAGAGUGGCCACCUGUCACCAAGACAGCCCAUCUGUCACCUAGCAGGUAACAUGGGCUUGAUGAGCUGAGAGCUAGGUCUUUCAUAUUCCUCUCCUAGGAAAUUAGAAUUGGGAAGCUGAGAGUCUAAGGCAUUUUGCAACUGUGAAAAUAGCCAAAAGAAGAUGGGGAGUGGAGCAGUCAUGGCAGUCAAUGUCCUAGCUAGUGUGGUGAAGGGACAGAAACCAUGAACAUACAGAGGGACCUUGCAAGGGAGGAAAAGAGAUGCCCUGAGAGAUGGAAGAACUGUUUCCUACAGACACCAUGAAACCAGAACCACCUUCCAGUUCUCUUGAGGCCCAGCUUUAUCCUACCCUAGGAUUCGAAUGGGAUACCUGUAUUCUUUCCACAAACCUCCCUUUUCUUGAGCCAGCUUGAAUGAGGCUCUGUUUUCUCACAGUGGAAAUUAUCAGACCAGAUCUAGGCCCCUACCUUUACAAUAGACUUCUGGGUUGAGUCAACAACAGUUGGUUGACAUUUAAGGUUAACAUGAAGUGCUGACUAUUCUAGGUAUUACGGGGAACAGUGGAAAAACACAGAUACCUGAUUAUUUCUCUCAAGCUCAGUGCUGACGUUAUGGGCUUUGAAUCCCUGUUCCUGGCAAACAGUGAGAAUGAAAAGAGGCAGGGAUCCUGACUGUUCAUUUAUCACUUCAGAGCUCUCAACCAACAGGGGUCCUUCUUUAUCCUAUUUAACCUCUCAGUAGAGUAUUUGCCUUUUGCUUAUUCCUCUUUCCAGUCAACUCUUGAUUAUUCAUAUAAUAGAGGAAAGCAUUAAUGCGAAUGAUAGAAGACUGCCCCACCCUGACCUCUCUUCCCUGCCACAGCAGCAUCCAGUCACAGAAAUGGAAACAACUAGCAGGAGAGAUCUUUCUCCUGGCCUGCCCUCCAUGUCGGGGAGCUAUCGUUGUCUUCAAGCUACAGAUGCACAUGUUAAAUGGAGCUCUUCUGGCAUUGCUGUUUCCUGUGGUAAACACUCGGCUGCUCCCCUUUGAAUUGGAGAUUUACUACAUUCAGCAUGUUAUGCUCUACGUGGUACCCAUCUACCUGCUUUGGAAAGGAGGUGCUUACACUCCAGAGCCCCUCAGCAGUUUCCGGUGGGCUCUUCUCUCAACUGGCCUCAUGUUCUUUUAUCACUUCAGCGUCUUGCAGAUCCUCGGCCUGGUCACCGAAGUGAAUUUGAACAACAUGCUGUGUCCGGCCAUCUCAGACCCAUUCUACGGCCCCUGGUAUCGCAUCUGGGCCUCGGGACACCAGACUCUCAUGACCAUGACCCACGGGAAGCUGGUCAUCCUGUUCUCAUACAUGGCUGGGCCCUUGUGUAAAUAUCUGCUGGAUUUGCUCCGGCUUCCAGCCAAGAAAAUAGACUGAAGGUGCUUGUUUUUUUUUUUUUGUUGUUGU